GGGACCACCGCACGCACAAAGUGCACCAAUUAGGAACCGUCUGUUUUUGGGUCUCUAGGGUCCUUGCCUGCUUGGGUUCAUCCAGAGCACCCAAGUCUCAUGAUGAAAAUUUCCUGUGGCACGACUAUUCCCGAUGGCCAGAUCAGCUGGAGAUUUAUCACCUUUUAUUUUUCAGUAUCUCCAAUGGAGGUGAAAAUCGAAUUGGAAAUCGUAGAAUGGAUUCAGCCGUAUACGCCUGUACAAAGCGGAAUUAUUUCACAAAAAUGAAAAGUUUUGCAUGCACUCUUAAAAAUCAAGGGUUAUUGCUCACACAAAAACAAGAUAAAACCUUUGCCACCCCGUGUGGCUUCACCCCUUUAUCCGAAUGGAAUGUCUCAAGAGGCGCGAGCAUAAUUAAGGUCAUAGGAUGUGAAUUGUUAGCUGUUAUUCAGCUGCCCUGGAAGAUGGCGAUCGAACACGAUCCGCUCAAGAUGUUACCGAAUAGAAAUCUCGCUUUUAUUGCUACAAAUUUAAGUGAUGUUUUGCACGAAGUAGUUGAACGAAGAGGAAGCUUGAUUAAUUAAAGGUCGUCGAACGUCGAAAGGCUGAUAUGGGCAUUAAAGCGUGGCUGUGCCUGCAGAAGAGGUGGCUGUGGUUGACAGUGGCUUGUGUCAUUGUCGUGGUGAUUGCCGCACGGAAUGGUUUGGAGUUGGGGGACACCAGAGGAAUUGUCGCGCAAGGCUACAGCAACCUGCCUUGGAUGCCUGAGGUAUUGGUCAGAUACACAACGGAGCAGACUCGAACAGCACUGGACGGCACUUGGAGUAUCGAUACUGGUAUCGACCCUACCAAGGUUCCAGGAUUGACAUCUGAUAUGGGUUGCAUGAACCUACCGAACCUCGACCGAGACAAAGCGUUGGUUCUUGGUCAUCGCAGAAAAGAGCGAGGUUUUCUUACGAUUGGAAUAACAACUGUAGAGCGCAUAAACGCCAGCUAUCUCUACCAGACCUUAAACUCUUUGAUAGUGAACACUAAUGCCACGGAACGAUCUCAGAUGAGUAUCGUCGUCUUUGCGUGUGAUUUCAAAGAGUCAGCUCGCCAAGAAGCUCGCGACAUCGUCUUCAGAUUCCCCAAACAUCUUGAGAGUGGAUUUCUCCAACUCAUCGAAGCCCCAAGGUCUUUCUACCCGCCUCUCAAAAACUUGAAGAGAACGUUCGAUAACCCAGACGAGCGAGUGUAUUGGCGGUCCAAGGAAAACAUCGAUAAUGUCUUUCUCUUCGCUUACUCUGUCAGCAUGUCUGACUAUUACCUUCAACUAGACGAUGAUUUCACGACGGUACCUGGAUACGUCUCAACAAUCCGCAGGUUCAUUGCCCUGAACCGAGCCGAACAUUGGAUUCUUUUGGACAUAUCAGACAAGGGAACAGGGAAAUUAUUUCGCGAUUGGGACUUGUUGCACGUGGCUCGGUACUUGGUGCAAUUCUACCAGGAGCAACCCGUAGAUUUCUUGUUUAGCGCCCUCAUGCAGCUUCAUCUUCAGAGACGCCACUUUGUCGUGAAACCUCACAUCUUCAAGCACUUGGGCAAUGUGUCGUCGUUAGAGUUGAAGAACAAAGGACGGCAUGUUCACCACUGAAAUGUCACUUCUUAAGUCUUGACUGGUUCUGCAUACAACGAGGAAGAAAUUAGACAAGCAAAUAGACCAAUCCUAUAGCACGCCUAUCACUUCUACCACAGCCCCCUCCAAUGGCGAAAGCAUAGUGCUAGCUAUUGUUCAGGAUAACUGUCAUGAAACAGUUGAUCUGUGCAAUAGCUGGCCAAACACUUCCGCCAUUACAGGGGGCCACCGUCUAUAGCAAAGUGAAGGCACCAUCUACUUACCUCAUCCAUUUGAUUAUACAAAUUCCCAUUUCUAUAAGUAUUUGAAAUUAAUCGAACAAAAUAUGCAAACCAUUUUUAGACGACUGUUUCCUAUUGCAUCUUUGGAUAAGCCUCUUGUUGAAUUUCCUAAAUUCUUCUUGAAAAUUAAAAACAUUACAUGUAAAGGGAGAGAGAACAAAGAGUUCGAUUGUGAAAUAAACAAUUGUAAUUUAUAAUUUAAUGUAAUGCA